UGCUGUUUCCGGUUACACUAGGAAACACGAGUCUAAGCUGCCGCGGGGACCGGGCUGUGACUGACUGACUGACAAAAGGCCUUUUCCAAGCACUGCUCGCCAGGGAGCCAGCCCAUCUACAGCCACCAUGUCCGGCAGGAACAACAACAAGCUGCCCAGCAACCUGCCGCAGUUGCAGAACCUGAUCAAGCGGGACCCGCCGGCCUACGUCGAGGAGUUCCUUCAGCAAUAUAAUCACUAUAAAUCCAAUAUGGAGAUUUUCAAGUUACAACCGAAUAAACCCAGCAAAGAACUCGCAGAGCUGGUGAUGUUCAUGGCACAGAUUGGCCACUGCUACCCGGAGCAUCUCAGUGCCUUCCCGCAGGAACUGAAGGACCUGCUGUCCUACAAUCACACCGUCUUAGACCCGGAUCUCCGCAUGACGUUUUGCAAAGCCUUGAUCUUACUGAGGAAUAAGAACCUCAUCAACCCGUCAAGUCUGCUAGAGCUCUUCUUCGAGCUUCUCCGCUGCCAUGACAAGCUCCUGCGGAAGACGCUGUACACACACAUUGUGACUGACAUCAAGAACAUCAACGCCAAACACAAGAACAACAAAGUGAACGUGGUACUGCAGAACUUCAUGUACACCAUGUUGAGAGACAGCAAUGCAACCGCAGCCAAGAUGUCUUUGGAUGUGAUGAUCGAACUCUACAGAAGGAACAUCUGGAAUGAUGCCAAAACUGUCAAUGUUAUCACAACUGCGUGCUUCUCCAAGGUCACCAAGAUAUUAGUUGCUGCUUUGACCUUCUUCCUCGGGAAGGAUGAGGAAGAGAAGCAGGACAGUGACUCGGAAUCCGAGGAUGACGGGCCCACCGCCAGAGACCUGCUGGUGCAGUAUGCCACGGGAAAGAAGGGCUCCAAAAACAAGAAGAAGCUGGAAAAGGCGAUGAAAGUGCUGAAGAAACAAAAGAAGAAGAAGAAACCAGAAGUGUUUAACUUUUCAGCUAUUCACUUGAUUCAUGAUCCCCAAGGCUUUGCAGAGAAGCUUCUGAAGCAGCUGGAGAGCUGUAAGGAGAGGUUCGAAGUGAAGAUGAUGUUCAUGAACCUCAUCUCCAGACUGGUGGGGAUUCACGAGCUUUUCCUCUUCAACUUCUACCCUUUUGUGCAGAGGUUCCUGCAGCCCCACCAGAGAGAAGUCACGAAGAUCCUUCUGUUCGCUGCACAAGCCUCUCAUCACCUGGUGCCCCCAGAGAUCAUCCAGUCGUUGCUCAUGACGGUGGCCAACAAUUUUGUUACCGACAAGAACUCGGGGGAAGUCAUGACCGUAGGAAUCAACGCUAUAAAAGAGAUCACGGCUCGAUGUCCUCUGGCUAUGACUGAAGAACUUCUUCAGGACCUGGCUCAGUAUAAGACUCACAAAGAUAAGAAUGUAAUGAUGUCUGCCAGGACUUUGAUCCAGCUCUUCCGGACACUGAACCCUCAGAUGUUGCAGAAGAAGUUCCGGGGUAAACCCACUGAAGCCUCCAUCGAAGCAAGAAUACAAGAAUAUGGAGAAUUGGAUGCUAAAGAUUACAUCCCGGGAGCAGAGGUUCUGGAGCUGGAGAAAGAAGAGGAUACAGGAAAUGAUGAAGAUGGAUGGGAAAGUGCCAGCCUCAGUGAGGAGGAGAAGGAAGACGGCGAGUGGGUUGACGUGCACCACUCUUCUGAUGAGGAGCAGCAAGCAAUUGCCACGAAGCUGGACAGCAUGCCCAUGGAGGAGCGGAGAGCCAAGGCUGCCGCCAUCAGCACCAGCCGGGUGUUAACACAGGAUGACUUCCAGAAAAUCCGCAUGGCCCAGAUGAAGAAGGAAAUGGACGCUGCCCCGGGGAAAGCCCAGAAAAGGAAAUACUUGGAAAUUGACAGUGACGAGGAGUCGCGAGGUGAAUUGCUGUCUCUUCGGGACAUUGAGCGCCUCCAUAAAAAGCCCAAGUCUGACAAGGAGACGAGACUGGCAACCGCAAUGGCUGGAAGGACAGACCGAAAGGAGUUUGUAAGGAAGAAAACUAAAAUAAACCCAUUUUCCAGUUCUACAAAUAAAGAGAAGAAAAAACAGAAGAACUUUAUGAUGAUGCGUUAUAGCCAGAAUGUCCGGUCAAAAACAUCACGCUCCUUCCGGGAGAAGCAGCUGGCACUACGAGAUGCACUUCUGAAAAAGAGGAAAAGAAUGAAGUAAUUUACCAGCAAGUUACCCAUUUCCUGCACAGCGCUGUAUCAGUAUGCCGAAAAUUAGUAAAUAUUUACUUACAUUAAAAACUCAAGGAACACGGGAGCUGUAAAUAGCGGUGUUAAGAACUCACUUCCCACUCCCGCCGAGUGCAGAGUGCCUGCUUCUCGCUGCUACUGCUGCUGCUGCUGCUGAGGGGCCAGCGCCCUGGCUGAGGCCAUGUGCAUAUGUGUGUAUAGUGGGCUGUGGAUGGCUCCCGUGUACAGUGGCCCACGUUCCUGGGGUGCAGGACGCCUGGACUAACUGCAGGGUGGGAGUUAUUCAAGCUCCUCAGUCAGGACAGUGUUACAAGUGAGAGGUGCUUCCUCUAAAUAGGCUGCCUGCUCCCACGGCUGCUGUGCCGGCUCGGACGCUGGGCUCUGCUUUUCUUUCUUUUUAAUGUAAAGAGUUUUGGCGAAGGCUCCCUUUUUUUUGUUUUUUUUUAAAUUGCCUUAAGUCUAAAUAGCCAUUUUGAGAUGCCCAGCAGGGUGGUGGCACACACCCACAACCCGGCACUUUGGAAGCCAGGGCAGGAGGUUCGUGAAUUUAGAGCCAACUUGGCAUACUGGGGUGGUUCAGCGCAGCCUGAGCUACGCAGUUGAGAACAGAAGCCAUCUUUGAGCUCUCAAUCAAGGGCCUGGUUCUCUGCCGCCUGUGGCUGUUGGGGUUUUGGUUUUGGUCGUUUUCUGUGCUGGAGAUGAACCCCAGGGCCUGGUGCUUACCCUGAGUAGGCUCCCCCUGGGCCUCACACCUUCCCUGAGUGCCUAAUCUUCACAUGGUCUGACCAGUUCCCGUGCCUUGUUCUCAACCAAAGCUGAGAGGUGUUAGUAGUCAGGUGUGCACAGUGGUGUGUGCAUUACAGCCACAUGUGUCAUUGCAGAACCCAGUCUGCGGGCUGCUGGUUAGAGACAGCGUAAUGCCCUUUGCCUCAGACUUCUUAGGUAAUCUGUCAUGGGAAGAGGCUUCCUGUUGGGGUUAGAGGGAAGGGCAGCCCCUGCCCCUCGGUUGGAGAGCAGCUGCUGGAGUUUGCCCUCCUUUCCAUCGCUUUGUUCAGCCUCUGAAGUCGGCUUCCGUUCAUGUUCCCCUUGCUUUCCCCAGCGAGGGCCCCGGCCACUGUUAGGGGAUUGCCCCUCGGCCUUACCAGCACGGCUGUGAAGGAAGUGUCUGGUGUGAAUGUGUGAAUGUGAGACCUGAAACUGGCCCCUCACUUUCUUCCUGUGUUCGUCACGGGUGUGUGCUUAUGCACCGGGUCAGAAGGCAGCUGGUGCUCACACUGCAGCCCUGCUGUGUGCUGUGUCCUGCCCUUAGCUCCCAGCUCUGGGAUUUUAGACACACACUGCCACGGCCAGUUUCCAGGCUGCUAGGGUCAUGCCCAGGGCUUGGCGGAUAAACCCAGAACACCAGCGUGGCACAUGUGUGGCGUUGGCAAACUUCACUGGUAAAGAGGAACCAUGCAGGCCAGACUCACUUGCACCCUGUGCAUGCCUGGUGCUAGCUAAGUGUCUCCUGUGAUGUCCAAGGCACAGCUGCUGUUUGAACGUGUGCAUUAACCCUGCCUGCCCAGGUUUCUGUCUAAAUGUUAGGCCACCUACCUCUCUCUUAGUAAAUUGCAUUUUGGGGGGAGUAUUUUUUCUAUAUUUUUCCUUGUAGUUAUAGUUGCUAUGUUUAUUUUAGCCAUCAAACCCAAGGCAGCUAAUUUAAAACCCAUAUUGAAUAUCCAUUGUGUAUAAAGCACUGCUAGAUAUUGUGGCUUUGUGUCAUGUUGAAACUUUUAGUCCAUUGAGGGAGACAUGAUGUGUGAAGAUCUAGCUGAGCGUCAUCAGAACCCAGUCACUUUACAGAAGACACACGGAGUAGUCACAUUCACAGGGCAUGUGGCUUCUGUUGUGUGUGUUCCCAAUGCAUGGUGGUCAGGGCAGCACUGUAGAAAACAGUUCCUGAGACCGGUCGACAUGCUGUUGGUAUCAUUUUUAAAUGUUAUAAUUAAUACAAAUUUUGUUUUAUUAUUUUCUAAUUUGUUGAAAAUUUAUAAUGUAUAUAGAGUAUUACAUUGAAAUUUUAGUUUAAAGCUUUUAAUUGUUCUGAGUAUCCUGUUAAACUGUUUUAUGUAACAUUUUUAAGCCCUAUCUAGAUAAUGUAGUCUUCCCCAAAAGUACCCCCUCAUUCCUUGCGUGGUGUGGAGUGUAUUUCUUGAGAUUUAAAGAAGCUUUACCAGGUGUGGUGACGCACCUGUGGUCCCAGCACUUGGGAGGAUGAAGCAGGGCAGAGGGUGCUCUGGGCUGAGACCAGCCUGGGCUACAUAGUGACAGGGCAAGCCCUGUCUGGGGACUUGGGAGUGGGCGGGGCCCUGAAAUGAGGGAGAAGAGAGAGCUCGACCAAAAGAAGAAAGAAGAAAGCCUGCAGCAGCCGGCGCUAGGUCAUCAGCUCCUGAAAUAAGCCUUCCCUGUGGGCUCUGGUUCUCACCCACGUAGAGAUGCCAAGGAAAGCCGCAAGCAGGCAGCCUCAGCACCGGUUAAACAGCCAGACUCCCAUCUACGUAAGGCUGGCUGUGUGCCAGUUCCUCCUGCAGAGUCUGCUUGUGUGUUGGAUUAAUCUCAUCUCAGUGUUUAAGUGGCUAAAGUUUGAAAAGUAUUUGUACCAUAAUCCAGUAUACAUGUAAGCAAUUAAAAAAACCAUCCAGAAAAUGUGCCAAAUAUUAGGGGGUCGGGGAUUGGUGCUGGGGUCAUGUAUAAGUUAUAUUUCUACUUUCUGAGUCUUUCACAAUGUAUGUUUUUACUUAUGUCAUUAUAUAAGAAACCAAAAAACAAAAAUGAGGUGAGAAAUAAAGGUGUGUGGCGAAUCA